GCAUUACUCAAAUAUUAUAUAUACACUCGUGUCCUUAUACGUCUUUUUACACUCAAGCAACUGUUUUAUAACAGUUAAUUUUACCAAACAUUUAUUAACAACAAACUAACAUAAUAAACCAAUCAAAAUAGCUAACAUAACCAGCUGUGAUCAAACAGUUGACAUAACUGGCUAACAGUUAAGAAGCACAUUGCCAAACAUGGCUAUAAUUAUCGAUUAGGGCCUUAAGUGGUCAGCGAUUACGUACACCAUACGUGUAUGCGGAUUCAAUGACCACCCACUCAUCUGAUCAUCACCAACUCCACAGCUAAAUAUAUACGUUCUCGGUAUGAAUAUAUGCCCGCACACCCAACCCAUAAAAGGAAUAAGAACAGGAGUAGCAAUAUCCAUCAUGACCCAGAAAGCCGAGCUGGUAAUCGUCCCUGCCCCCUUGGUAGGUCAUAUAGUCUCCAUUGUUGAACUGGCUAAGCUUCUUCUUGACAGAGACCACCGCCUCUCCAUCACAGUGCUAAUCAUACGCCACCCACUCGACCCUAUCGCCAAUACUGUCGUCCAGGCCGUUCUCUCCGCCGACUCCCGAAUCCGGCUCCUACAUCUGCCGGAGAUAGAGCCGCCGCCGGCAGAGCUGCUCAAGUGCCCUGAAAACUUCAUCACUACCUACAUAAAAAGCCUUAUGCCCCAUGUCAAGCACUCGAUCAUCAACAACGUGCUGUCGUCGAAUCCCGUCGACACCCCGCUUGCCGGAAUAGUGUUUGAUUUGUUCUGCAGCUCGGUGGUUGACGUGGCUAAUGAACUCGGAGUUCCUUCUUACCUGUUUUACACUUCCGGCGCCGCGUUUCUCGGCUUGAAUCUUUACUUUCCGGUUAUGAAAAAGGAGUGUACCCUGUCCGAUCCGGACUCGGUCGUAUCGACGUUUUCCUGCCCUGUUCCGGCCCGGGUUCUGCCCACCUUCGCAUUCGUCGAAGAAGGCUUCAAAUCAUUCGCAUAUAGUGGCAGGAAGUUCAGAGAAGCAAAGGGAAUGAUCAUAAACACUUUUGAGGAAUUAGAGCCAUAUGCUAUUAAAGCUCUGGCGUCAGACCCGGAUCUGCCUCCGGUUUACGCCGUCGGGCCAAUGUUAUCUCCACAGGACCACCACAACGGGAAGGAAGAAAUCCUCGAUUGGCUAUCUCAGCAGCCGCCGUCUUCGGUGGUGUUCCUCUGCUUCGGAAGCCAGGGAGGGUUCGAGGCGCCACAGAUCCAUCAAAUCGCGGAGGCGCUAGAGAGGAGCGGGCACAGGUUCCUCUGGUCGAUUCGGCGGCCGCAAUCCUUAAACAAGGCGGAGGUGGCCGGUGAGCUGUCCGAUUUGGACGGGAUUUUGCCGGAGGGGUUCGCGGAGAGGACGAGAGAGAGGGGGGGUGGUGUGCGGGUGGGCCCCGCAGAUCGAAGUUCUGGCGCACAGAGCCACGGCGGCGUUUGUGUCACACUGCGGCUGGAACUCCAUACUAGAGAGCGUGAGGCACGGCGUUCCGAUCGUGACGUGGCCGAUGUACGCGGAGCAGCAGACGAACGCGUUCCUGCUGGUGAAGGAGUUGGGGGUGGGGGUGGAGCUGACGGUGGACUACCGGAGGACGCAGGCUGCGGAGAGGGUGAUCAUGGCAGAUGACAUAGAGAGAGCAAUAAGGGGUGUGAUGGAUGCAGAGAAUCCGGUGAGGAAAAGGGCCAACGAGAUUGGAGAGAUUGGCCGGCACGCGUUGCUGGAUGGUGGGUCCUCAUUCUUCGCCCUUCAACGUCUCAUUAACGAUAUUUUUAGGAAUUGUUGAUUGAUGAUGAAUUGAUGAUUUAUGAUUGAUAACAUUUUGCCACUAAAAUAAAGGCGUCCUACGUGAGGCUAACUACAAGCGGCGUUUUUUUUUUUGACAAACCACAAACCGCGUUGGGCUAAUCACAAAUUUCUCACUAUUUUAUAUGUAUUUGUCAAUUCAAUUUUUUAUGCAAUCCAAC